ACUGCCGCUACCUGCAGACUCCACAGUGUCACCAUACACACCCUCGGCUGACACCCGCUCUUCAUCUCCAUCUCCCGCUGCAGAAGUAUUUCAGACCCCCGGCUGAGGUUUGAUCAGUGUCUCUUUGGACUCUAGCCAUGACCUCCUUUUCAACCCAACCCCUCCUCCACCUGAGCGUCCUGCUCUUUCUGUCGUACCACUCCGCUGUUCUCUCCUGUCAGACUGGGACCAAGAGUCAGUGUCAGUCGGCUCCAUUCGUACCGGGACACAACCUGGUGGGGGAGGGAUACGAUGUGGUCACAAUGAAGCGAAAAGGAUACGCGGUGGACGUGAAGACCUACAUGACCCCCGCUGGCACCUGUAAACUCUGCAGAAACCCUAAUCAGGGCAACGAACUGCAGAAACUGCCGGUCUCUGCAGUGGACUGGCGAGCGUUCACCCGCUGCUACACUUAUAUCCACAGCACUGUUCACACCUCUGUCAGCUCCCUGCUCAGCAGUUUCACCUCCCAGAACAGCUGGGAUUGGAAGGUUGGACUAAAUUUUAUGGAUUCCAGUCUGGAGGUGGGGGGAACACUCUCCAGUGCGAGUAGCUUUGCUACAGCCAGGAGCAGAGAGGAUCACUACUCCUUCAGCACCCACCGGUUCACCUGUCGCCACUACAAUUUCCGUGUGCCGAGCAACCCGCCCCUCAGCACUGAGUUUAGCAAAGACGUAGCACAUUUGCCAAGUACAUACAACGCCUACACCAAGGCCAAGUACAGACGUCUCAUAAGUGUCUACGGCACACAUUAUAUCCGCCAGGUAAAUCUUGGGGGACUUUUCAGGAGAGUCACAGCUUCACGGACCUGUUUGUCCAGAUUAAAUGGCAUGUCAUCAGACCAGGUGAACUCUUGCUUAUCAAUGGGUUUAAGUGUAGGCCUGGGGAAAAUCCAACUGCCUGCUAGCUUUCGAUCUUGCAACAGUGUGCUACAGAACCAGGACACCUCCACUUCGUUCCACUCUGGUCUCCACCAACACUAUACAGAGGUGAUAGGAGGCAGUGGUUGGGCUGGUGAGUUUUCUCUCACCCAUAACAACUCCGUGGGCUUCCUAAAUUGGCUGAAAACUCUCAAAGAUCACCCUGGUGUUAUUUGGUUUUCCGUGAGACCACUGUACCAGCUGGUGUCGGACACUUCACGAAGCACAGGAUUGAAGGCCGCCAUAGAGGACUACUUGAGAGAAAACGGCAUCAAGAAGUCAGUCAGUCAACCAAGUUGCAACUUGGUCCCAAACCUAGAUUACAACUGCUGUCCCAAACAGGCCUUGAGGGGAAACUUGGUGGUGACCAUCGUCCGAGCCUGGAAUCUGAAAGGAGAUUUGUUCGGGUUGACUGAAUCGUACGCCAAAAUGUGGUACGGUUCCCUCUACCGCAGGACUGAUGUGAUAAAGUCAAAUUACCCUCGCUGGAACGCUCGUUACUCCCUGGGCAAUGUGGACACAAAUUUGGGACUGAAGAUUGAGGUCUGGGAUAAGGACCUGCGCGUUGACGACCGUCUGGGAUCAUGUGUGAAGUACCUGAGCCAGGGCACUCACAGAUUCACCUGCUAUGCCAAGAAAGGCGGCGUUGAGGUUGUUUACACUCUGACCUGCGACCGUCACCUGACUGGAGACAAGUGUAACCUUUACAAACCCUCUCCAUAAUGAGUGACACGCUCCAUUUAAUCAGAAUCAUAUCAGAAUCUCUAACAGCUGGUCUGUCUUUAAUCAAGUUUGGUUUUUAAAUCUGUUUAUAGUCACUUGGGUUACAUACUACAGUUUCCUGGUUUAAAUACCUAAUUACAUGUUUUGGGUAUAUUAAUAAGAGGUAUGGAUAUUUUUAGACAAGUGUUUGACAUUUAAAUGAAUGUUAAGUAUUGUGUGUAUUUCUCAAUUUGAAUGUAGUUGCAGAUAAGUGGGAAGAGACUUUUCAAUCAACUUGGAAGAUAAAGUAGUGUUGUUUUACGCUGUUAAAUGCCAUUUUGAAUUUUGGUCGUGGGGUGGGGUGGUAUAUGACAAUAAAAAUGAACUGAAUUUUGGAUCUUAA